AUGGCAACACCCCCACCCCCCCGAAAACCAAUCCUCAUCUCCGGCGCCGGUAUCUCCUCCCUCCUACUUGCACAAUCCCUCCUCCGUGCCCACAUCCCCUUCCAGAUCUACGAGCGCGACUCCUCUAUCUCCUUCCGCGCCCAAGGCUACAGACUGCGUCUAUCAACCGAGGGUCUCGACGCCAUCGAAUCCGUGCUCAGCCCUGCCGAUUUCCAGGUCUUCUGGGACACGUGUGGGAAAACCACCGGGGCGGGCGGUGGAUUCACAGUCCUCGAUGCGCUGACUGGAUCCCCCCCUCCUUCGAGUGAAGGGGAGGAGGGGAAACCAAAGCGCCAAGACCAAGGCCCGCCCGUGUCCCUUACAUCCCGCGAUGGCAAGACGAUAGGGAUUUCGCGCGGCGAUAUGCGCAGGUUGUUCAUGGCGGGCUGCGAGCCGUUUAUCAACUGGUCGCACCACGUGACGGGGUACGAGGUGACGCCGAACGGCGUGCGAGCCGUGUUUGCAGAUGGUGGGAAGGGGGUUGAGGGGGAGCUGCUGGUUGGGGGCGAGGGGAUCUAUUCCGGCAUCGCGAAACAAGUAUCGGGCGGCAAACUCAAGACGUACGACACGGGCGCGCGAGGAAUCCACGGACAAGCGCCAACCACGGCCUUCAAGGGCCUAGGCGAAGGCGUCUGGGCCAUCCGCGAUUCUUCGCGGAAAGAGGGCGCUGUGUUCCUCAUCACGAAUGUCCGGCCGGGCGAUAUGGAUGAUGCCAGCGUGCAGUUUGGCUGGACCAUGGGCUCGCAUCCCGGAGUCAUUCGCGCGCCCAACGACGAUUACAGCACGAUUGGGGCCCCCGCCGCUUCUAUCGCACAGGACCUGACGACGGACUGGCAUCCUCGCCUCCGCCCCCUUUUCGCGCAGAUGAACGUGUCUGAAGCUGCGUUUUGGAAAAUCACCUGCUCGACACCGAGCGGGGUCCCGGAGUGGGCAAACGAAGCGCGUGUGACGGUGAUUGGGGACGCGGCGCAUAGCAUGACACCUGCUGGGGGCAUAGGCGCGAAUACAGCGGUGAGAGACUCGGCGUUGUUGGGGAGAUUGUUGGGGGAGAAGGGGGGGUGGGAGAAAGGGGUGACGGAGGUAUAUGAGAGGGGUAUGAGGGAGUAUGCCAGUGAGGCAGUUAGGGCGAGUUACGGGAUGGCUCGGACGCAAUUUGGGAUUCAUAUUGAUGAUAAUUCGACGACUGUUUGA